AUUCGACAAAUGUCCGCCUGGACGGAGAAAACCAAGACGUACACGAAUCUACAGUCGUGAAAAUAUUAGGACACCCUCGUUAAAUAAUCAGUUCUGCCUUAAAAAAAAUCUUAUUUUGAAAAAUUUCUAAAAAAAAAUAAGAGAGAAAGUUCUUGAAUAAAAAUCAAACUAAAAAGUCACUAUUAUUCUUCUCAUUGAAGAAAAUGUAGGUAAAUGUUUGGAGUCUUAAGUGUGAAGUGUGUAGCCCGGGUGGAAACCUUCACUAAAAUAAACACUACAUAAAAUAUAAAUAUCAAUAAAUAAUAACUCCUCGGUUUAAUACACCGGCAGUGCGUCUUUACGUCUGUGCGUCAGACGCAGCUGCGUAAUGAGGUCACGUGGCCAAGCACGCCAAAUCGGAAGUGAUAAACUCCACCCCUAACAGGCUGCCGGUAGUAGCUCGGGGCAUGCUCAGGGCGAGUUUGCUGGAGGUAUGUUUGGCAAAUUUCAUUGUUGGUUCGCUAUUGAAAUGUCUGACAUUACGGCAACUGAUGUCAAACUAUAGGGGCCAACUACCGGUGCCGACCCGUGGCGUAAGAGCGUUUGAGAGCAGAGUUAGACUACGAACUGAUCUCAGAAACCAGCGUGAAAGGAGGCAGGAUGGUGUCCUUGGAGACCGCGGAGGUUCCCGUUCCUCUGACUCCUCUGUCGCGGUGGUACCUUUACGCCAUCCACGGCUACUUCUGCGAGGUGAUGUUCACGGCGGCGUGGGAGUUUGUGGUCAACUGCAACUGGAAGUUCCCCGGCGUGACCAGCGUGUGGGCGCUCUUCAUCUACGGCACGUGCAUCCUCAUCGUGGAGCGCAUGUACCUGAAGCUGCGCGGCCGCUGCCCCGUCCUGCUGCGCUGCCUCAUCUACACGCUGUGGACCUACCUGUGGGAGUUCGGGACGGGGCUGCUGCUGCGGCAGUUCGACGCCUGCCCCUGGGACUACUCCCAGUUCCGCUACAACUUCAUGGGACUGAUCACGGCCGAGUACGCCGUGCCGUGGUUCUGCGCCUCCUUCAUCGUCGAGCGCUUGGUGAUCCGCAAAACCCUGCGGCUGCGCUUCCACGAGGGCUGCGAGGACGGCUGGUCAAAGCGCCGCUCGGAGGAGGAAGGAGGAACUCUGGAAGGAGAUCGGCAAAGAGAGAGGAGGAGUAACGCAAAUGGAUACCUUAAGGAGGACUGAGAUGAGGAAAAUUUAAAAAAAAUCAUCAACCAGCUAAGCUAGACUGUUACACCUUAUCAACCCGCCUGAGUGAUCUCCAGAAAAUAUGGAGUUACAAGGUUCUCGUUUCAACAACUGAAAUCAUUUCUGUGUUUCUGAUGCUUAACUAGUUUUAUAUUUUUGCUGAAUUUCACUUCACGUUCUUAUUCAGCUGCAAGUGUUCAGUCAAAGAUGAGUCAAGUUUGUGGGUUUUUUGGGGGAACAACAAGAAUUUCAUAAAAUUCCUUCAAAAAAAAUCUGCAGAUUAUGAACAAAAAACUUUUGAUCAAAAAAAGUUAAGAAUAGGGCUGCCACAAACGAUUAUUUUAAUAGUCGACUAAUCACCGAUUAGUCAACUAAUUGAGUCAUGAGCAAAGUGGAUGUAAAUCACACUUCUUUAACCAUCAUUAGCAACUAAAAAUAGAGACAAUGAAGAUAAACCUUUGAUGAAUUGUUCAGUUCUAACCUGUUUCCUGUUUCUAACAGGAUUAAAUCAAAUGAGGUCGGCAUCUGAAACAGGGAAAUAUUUCUCACAAAAGAUAAAGUUUUGCUCUCACCGACUCAAAUGUAAAAAAAGUGAAUUUUUUGGUGCUGAACACUCACAACUUUGUUCAACUUUACUACACACUGACUCCAUAUAAUAUAAAGUAAUGACUAAUCGACUAUUUUAUUAGUUGAUUAGUCGUCUAAUUGUGAAUAAUUUAGAAUAUUAUAUUCAUAUUUGGCGUGCUUUAGUUGCAAAAUAAUGUGCACUUUAAGCCUAAAAGUGUGACUACAGUAGCCCAAAAGGGACAAACCAAAACCUACUGUAGCAAGUUUGUUUAUGCAAGUUCUACUGGUGCACGUUGAUGUAAAAAAAAUAGAAAAAAAGUAUCAGGUUGAGUUUGAGAUUCAUCUGUUGUUUUUUCAUCGAAUCGGUAAGGAUGCUUAGACCACGCCCCCUCCUCAGGCGCCCCCUUUCGCUGUUCUAGGAGGAUAUGAAGGAGCUCCAAAUUAAGUUAAUCCUCUUUUUCAGUGUUUCCUCUGUCUGUUUUUUGACAUUAUUCCACCAUAGACUUCCUUCGGGAUGUUUUGCGUCUCUUAAAAAGACUCCAGCGACCCUCAUUUCCAACCCCCCCCCUCCCCCGUACCUGUUAUUGGAUCUAUUCGCUUACAAUCCACACCUCUCAAGUGGAUUGAAACGUCUACUAAAUGAAAAGCUCCGCCUUUUCUCUCAUCACUGCAGAUCUGGGAUCUCAUGCUUUGUUGUUCCCUCAUUCGUAAACAAAACACCAGAAUGAUGAAACUCUUCCUCCUCCUUCCGACGGAGAGCCGUGGAUUUGGAGGAUUCUCAUCCCAGCUGAGGCUGCAGGUCACGACUCAAAGGACCACACUGUCUGCAGGCCUCAGAAAUCCCUCCACCAAUUAGCUGCAGCUCGGAGGUCGGCCCAAAAAAGGAGCAAACGAAAAAAAAAAAAAAAGACUUUCCUGUGGAAAACGUCAAAUCAUUUUCGGACGUUUAUGCCUGGAAAUAAUGCAUGUAAAGAAACUGUCUUCCAGAGGAAUGGAGCAUCAUGUGGGCCUGCGUUAGCAAACGACAGCAGCUCCAGGUGUCUGCAGGUUAUCAGGACGGUCCAAACGUCUUCGCUUCUGAGAGCAUGAGACCGUCUGCAGCCCACAGGCUUGCAUGGCAGCUUCCCCACCCUCAUCGGCUGAAUGAUUUGAAAGGUUUUCGUUGACUUUCAGACACGUUUGGGAGCAUGAAAACCACUAAUGUCUUUGUGCAUCUCCACUUUGCUUUAUUUGAUCUUAAAUUUGCCAAGGACCAGCAUUUAUUCAUUGUCUUCAUGUGGAUUUCGUGUUUCAUAAUCAACACUGACCUCUGCAGCUCCAGACUGCUGGAAAAGUAAAAACAAAGAAGUAAAAGUUCGAUUUUUGGAAAAUAUCUGUGAUCUCAGGUGAGGGGAUCAUUUCCACAGAUCGUAAUCUGAAAUAAGUCAUCUGUUGCUGUUUAAACAUAAAAUUUACAUAAGUGAAAACAUAAGUGAAAUUUGAGAAUAGUUUGGAAUCGGCGGAUGAGCAUAAAAUACAGACGAUGAACGGAUGGAGUUGAAACAAAGUAAAAAUAAAACCAGUUUCAUAAAGUUUUACAUUAAUGGAGCAAAAAAAAAAAAAAAUAAUGCUUACUAAAUUAGAUUAAAAAGAAGCAUUUGACACUAAGUAAGUGUCUAAAAGAAAGUAAAAACAAAAAUAUAGCUUUUCUGAAAUGAAGAUGAUCGUAGAAAGACAAACUGCUGCUAGAAUUAUUUAAUUAUUUAUAAAAACAAAAGUAAUCAGAAAUGUAUUCCUAGAUUCUGCAGGCCUCAAGUAGAAGUUUGCAUGCUUUAGGGAGUUUUUAAGAUGCUAAACUGUAAAAAUAUUGAAAAUUCAUCUAAAUAAUUUGAUUUAUGAGACCAAAAAUCAAGAAGUGUUCAUUCCAGACUGCAAUUGUUUGACACGGAGGUGGAGAGAUCAUGAUUAGCAGCUGAAUUGUGAGUCUCUGGUUCACCUAUUCAACCUGAAAUUUGAUUUUAAAUCAAAAACUUAAAAAUACAAACUUAAUGAUGUGGCAGGACCUUCAGAGAGAUGGAAAUGUCUCGUUUUUUUUUUCCAUCUUCUGCUUCUGACGUUUUCUCAUUUGAAUGCACAAAGCCUUAAAACCGAAAGAGGCUAUAUUUACUCUUUCACAUUCUUUCACAGACCCGAAAGUUAGUGUUGGCACAACCGAAAUCAGGAAGUGGAAAAUAGUGACCUUUACUGUUGUGUCUGCAGCAAUUAUGUCUGCUCAGUUCUUAUGUGAAGGGCUGCCACCUGGUGGAGACUUUAAGAACUUCAUUUUUAGCAUAAAAACAACAGAUACAAUGUUGUUAAAAGGAAAGAUAAAUAAAAAAGCUAAGUUACACUUUACACAUUUCUAUGCACUUUUGUUUUUGCUUAGGAGCAAUACUAAAGAGGUAAUAAUUACCCAUUUCUCCUAAAAUCUUAUGAUGAAAAUGGAUAUGCAGCAGAUCUAUUUAUCCACUUCUAAUAAACAAAUCAUGAAAUGCAAAGUAAAUAUGAAUAUGUUUGUAGUGUUUGUGUGAGUGAGGAGCGUCAACGGCGUCUAACUCUGAAUGAAUAUAUGCAUGUAGAGAAUGUUGAGCUGAAAAACAAAAGUUUUUUAAACCUUUAAAUGUGCAUGUCUAAAAAAACUAAAAUCUUUAGUGUUGUCCUGCUGAUUUUUAUUCCCUUCUGUAUUACAAGUGUUUUUACUUUAUAAACAAAAACUGUACUUUGUUUUUGGUAAGAAUGGCUGUAAUUCAUCCACUCUACGUCUUUGGUCAAGUUUGUGCGUCUUUGAGGUUCAUUUGUUAAUUAUUUGAUGGUAAAAUGUUUGUUUGAGAUUUUUUUAUUUCAUUUAUGUGAUUAACUGUAGAAAUAAACCCUCAAAUAAUAUAAA